GACUGGCCGCCGCGGGUGCGGGCGGCCCCGCGGUGCGGGCGGUGCGGGCGGGCGCUGUCGCUGCUGGUGCAGGUGUACUGCCCGCUGGAGCGCGGGCCCGCGCACCGCGCCCUGCACGUGUUCGCCUGCGCCGCGCCCGGCUGCGGCCCCGCGCACAGCUGGAAGGUGCUGCGCUCCCAGUACUCGCAGGCGCAGGAGAAGGAAGCCCGAGCCCACCCCGUGCCACAGAAACAAGGAUCAAGCUUUGCUGCAAAGGAUUGGUGUGAGGAGGCGGAUGACUGGGGAGUCAGUGAUGCAGCAGAGCCUCCUGCAUGUGCCUCCCUGCUGGGCUUAGGUGAAGCAGUGAGCAGCUCCUUGUCCAGAGAGCUGGACUGUGCAUCCCAGCUCCAACAGCUUCGCUUGGCUGAGGCUGCAGAGGGCUCAGGUUCCCGGGACACACAUCCUGCAGCCAGUGAGGAAAUGGUAAUGGAAACACCUGGUCCUGCUCCUGUCUUCCAACCCUUUUAUAUUAAUGUGGUGGAUGAGGAAGACUGCAGUGGCUUCCUGGAUACAGACCAUGCAGAUGAGCUACUGAAGGAGUAUCAGCAGAGAGAGGGGCUUGAUUUGGAACAGAUGAUGUCAGAAAGCUUUGCAGGUGAAGGUGGUAAUGAAAAAUAUGAGAAGACUGAAGUCAAAAGCUGGGACCACACGUUUCAUAAAUUUAUGAAAAGAAUAUCUCUGUGUCCUGAACAGAUUCUAAGAUACUCCUGGGGUGGGCAGCCUUUGUUCAUCACGUGUCCUCCAGCCAACAUCAGCAUUCCAGCCUGCAGUACCUGUGGGAGCAGCAGAGUGUUUGAGUUGCAGCUGAUGCCAGCCCUGGUCAGCCUGCUCCAGAGUGACUCAGAUCUGUCAGUGGAAUUUGGAACUGUUAUAGUUUACACAUGUGAGAGAAGCUGUUGGCCAACAAAUCACCAAACACCUCUUGAAGAAUUUAUUUUUGUACAAGAAGACCCAGAUCAGAAAUUAUUUAAAUAAAUUGUAUUUCUCUACAUAGAUGAAAA